AUGACAUCUCAACGUUAUCGAAAUUUAAUGAAUUUCAAUGUUCAACGGCGUCUACUUCUAACCGGCACACCACUUCAAAACAAUCUAAUGGAACUUGUAUCUCUGUUGUCAUUUGUUAUGCCGGAGAUGUUUCUCAAAAGUACAGAUUUACUGAAACGGAUUUUCCAGAUUUAUUCGAAGCCUAUGAAUUCUCGGGAUAAUGAACAAGCAGCUGAUAACAGUACUGUUGUUGUGCGAAGCAGUUUUGAACAAGAGCGUCUAAUUCAAGCGAAAAAUCUACUUCAGCCGUUUUGUUUACGACGAUUAAAGUCACAGGUUCUUAGUCAACUUCCUCCGAAGACCACUGAAGUGGUUUUAGUGCCUAUGACAAAAUCCCAAACGAAUCAUUACUAUGAUCUGAUUAAACGAUUCCGUUCUCAGCGAAUUUCUACUAAAGAUACAAGCAAUGGCCAAGAUACAUCCCUACUAUUAGAUUACAAAUGCAACGAUGGUGAUGAAAAUGCUAAUCCAGAUGUUAGUAAUUCUAAAAGUGAUCAUACUUUGAAGAAAAAACCUCGUUUCGAUAAUCAUUCACCCACGACAACAACUACUACAGUGAAUGGCACAAAGUCAUUCCCAGUUCCCUCCAAAGCAGCUUCAGAAUCCCUUCAGUCCCCAUAUAAUAUGGUUAUGGUAUUACGCAAGGCAGCAAAUCACUUAACUCUUUUUUCCGGAUUAGCAUACACUGACUCAAAUUUACGGGAUAUUGCUGAGUCUUUACAUCUAGAUCCAAGUUUUUCCGAUGCUGAUCCUAAUCUCAUAUAUGAAGACCUUUUGACAAUGAGUGAUCAUCAAGUUCACAAACUCUGCCAAUUUUAUGAGGUAUUAUCUCCUUAUGCUCUGUCUACAGAGUCAAUAAUUUCUGGAUCUGGAAAGAUCGAAUGGUUGAAUAAUAACCUGCCUAAAUUGAUCUCUGAAGGACAUCGUAUUUUAAUAUUUAGCCAAUUUGUUAUUAUGCUGGAUAUAUUAGAAGAGUUUCUGAGAACAACAAAUAGGCGUUAUAUACGAUUGGAUGGAACAACCCCUGUCGCUGAAAGACAAACCUUAAUCGAUCGUUUUAAUAGCUCAUCCAUUGAAGUUUUUCUGCUGUCGACACGUGCGGGUGGACUAGGCAUCAAUUUGACAGGUGCAGAUACUGUAAUUAUUCACGAUAUUGACUUCAAUCCAUAUAACGAUAGACAAGCUGAAGAUCGUUGUCAUCGGUUAGGCCAGAAAAAUCCUGUUCAUGUCAUACGCCUAGUUUCCGAAGGCACUAUUGAAGAGGGUAUACUACGCCGAGCAUCGGAGAAAUUACAAAUCGAGCGAAAUGUAACUGGUUGCGAGUCUGAGAAUGUUGAUCAAAUUGAUGAUGAAGACGACACUACUCGUGUUGGUGGUGGUGGUGGUCCUCGAAACAGGAAGUCAAAGUCGUCCACCGGUUCAAUACCAUGCUCUAGUUUUGAUGGUAUGACAGAGAAUGAGAACGCCUUCAAAGUUCUUGGCAAUUGGAAUUCACCUGUCACAGAUAUCAGUUUAUCAUCCAAUAUUACUCCUAUAUCCUCAAAUCGAAUUAGUGAAAGAGAUGUUUCUUUUCUACUUUCAGAUGCUUUAAAGUUGUAG